CUUGGUUGGUUGGUCUGGGUUGUUUGUUUAUCGAAUUCAUUUCCUACCGUUUCUCCAAGGAACCGAAAGUGACCUACAUGGUUCUCUCCUUCCCAGUGCAGGUGCCAGGCUAUUUUGCGCCCAGGGCAAUGCUAACAACUAUUUAAGCAGUUUACAUCAGUUAUAAUACAAUAAACAAACAUACAAACAAACAAACAAAUGAAAUAAGACCACCAGCUGAGUACUGAUGGAACUCGUCAUUCACAGAUCAUAUAUAUGUAGAUCAGUGUUUCCCAGACUUGGGUCUCCUGCUGGGACUACAAUUCCCAUCAUCCUUAACCACUGGUCCUCCUAGCUAGGGAUGAUGGGAGUUGUAGUCCAAAAAAAGCAGCUGGAGACCCACGUUUGGGAAACGCAUACAUAGAGGGAGGAAACAAAAGGAUGAAGGAUGAAAUCCUCUUCACCCCUGUCUCUCCUUUGCAGGCAUUUGCAAGCUACACCCUAUUUUAAAGGACAUCUUCACAACAACUCUGGGUGUCCCAGGAGUGGUCCAGUUUAGGCCUCUUCUUUCAUCUCCUCCUGGCAGCACAAUGGCCUCCGAGGCACCGCCUGUAGAAGGAUCAGAAAGAGCUGCCAGGCAGCCAUCCCAGGGCCUGAUGACCUUCCAGGCUCUCUUAACCUUUGAGGAGGUGGCUGUGUUUUUCACAGAAGAGGAGUGGGCCCUGCUGGAUCCUGGCCAAAGGGCUCUGCACAGGGAAGUCAUGGAGGACAAUUAUGAGAUGGUGGCCUCGCUUGAGUCAGACCUCAAUUCCUGUUGGAAAGGAGAAGAUCUGUUGGGAAGGAGAAGAGAGACAUCAUCUGAUGAUGUACAAAACAACGAGCUACAUAGGGAACCACAUACGGAGGCAGCAGCAGCAGCCAAGCCUGAAGUUGGAAAAGAGGUGCUUGGAAAUCACAAGGGACCCAGAAUGCCUGAAAAAAGAACAUACACCGUGAUGGAAUCAUAUACAUGUAUGGAGUGUGGAAAGAGCUUCAGUCUGAGCUGUAACCUUAUUACACAUCAGAAAACCCACGCAAGGGAGAAGCCAUUUAAAUGCAGGGAGUGUGGAAAGUGCUUUAAUAGGAGGAGUAGCCUUUGCAGACAUUUGAGAACCCACACAGGAGAGAAACCAUUUGAAUGCAUGGAAUGUGGAAUGAAAUUUAGAGCGAACAGUAACCUUACUGAACAUCAAACAAUCCACACAGGGGAGAAGCGGUAUCAAUGCAUGGAAUGUGGAAUGAGAUUUAGAGUGAGCAGUAAUCUUACUACACAUCAAAGGACGCACACCGGGGAGAAGCCAUUUAAAUGCAUGGAGUGUGGAAAGAGCUUUACACAGAGCAGUAAACUUACUGUACAUCAAAGGAAACACUCUGGGGAGAAGCCGUUUAAAUGUGUGGAGUGCGGAAAGAGCUUUACACAGAGCGGUAGCCUUACUAAACAUCAAAGAACCCACACACGGGAGAAGACGUUUGAAUGCAUAGAGUGUUGAGAGCACCCAAGUCUGAGUAGUCAGCGUACUCAUCAUAAAAGAACUCACAGAGGGGAGAAACCAUUUAAAUGCAGAGAGUGGAGAAAGACCUCUUGGCAGAGUACUCACCUCAUUCAUCAUCAGAGAAUCUACAGCGGGGAGAAACUAUUUAAAUGCAUGGAAUGUGGAAUCAGUUAGAGUAGUCAGCUUACUUAUCAGAGAAUCUACAUCAGGCAUCCCCAAACUGCGGCCCUCCAGAUGUUUUGGCCUACAACUCCCAUGAUCCCUAGCUAACAAGACCAGUGGUCGGAGAAUAUGGGAAUUGUAGUCCAAAGCAUGUGGCGGGCCGAAGUUUGGGAUGCCUGAUCUACAUAGAGGGGCCUCUGGGGAAAGCUAUAGCACUGGAGAAAAUCUCUGAUUAAGACCUUGAGGGAUUCACUGUUUGUUGUGGUGUACCAGGCACCCCCAAACUUCGGCCCUCCAGAUGUUUUUGGACUACAAUUCCCAUCUUCCCUGACCACUGGUCCUGUUAGCUAGGGAUCAUGGGAGUUGUAGGCCAAAACAUCUGGAGGGCCGCAGUUUGGGGAUGCCUGUGGUACACAGUCCUGAGCUUCCUAUGGAAUUCUGUUAUUCCAAGUAAAAGCAACAAGAUGUUGGUUUGAAGAAAUCCUGCUUAUGGCUGCCUCUUUAUAACGCCUCUUUAUAACAGCCUAGUCCCCUACACCAGCGUUUCUCAACCGCUGUUCCGCAGCACACUAGUGUGCCACGAGACGCUGGCUGGUGUGCCGCGACGUGCGACGACGAGAAGGGCGAUUUGCAUUGUCACGUGCCUAGCGGCCGCCAAUAAGCAUCACUGACCCGCCGGAAAGCAAUAUUUCUCUUCCUCUUUCCCAAAGCUCAGUGCAAACGAGCCUGGCGGCCGCCAAUACACAACACUGACCCACCGGAAAGCAAUAUUUCUCCUCCUCUUUCCCAAAGCUCACUGCAAACGAGCCUGGCGGCCGCCAAUACCCAGCACUGACCCACCGGAAAGCAAUAUUUCUCCUCCUCUUUCCCAAAGCUCAGUGCAAACGAGCCUGGCGGCCGCCAAUACGCUACACUGACCCGCCGGAAACCAAUAUUUGGCAAGUGUUUCUUACAGUCAUAAUUAUAAUAUAGGGUGGCACAGAGUUAAAUUUUUUAACUUUUUUAAUGGUGGUGUGCCUCGUGAUUUUUUUCACGGAACAAGUGUGCCGUGGCCCCAAAAAGGUUGAGAAACACUGCUCUACACAACCCAGGAAUCGUCCAUAAUCUAUAGCCUUGGUUCUCAAGCUCCUCUCUUCAAGGGCUGUCCUGAGUGACUGAGCAACUGCUGAGCGUAUUUCUGGACCACGUAAUGAUUAUUCUGAAGUUUAGCAAUCAUAACGUACUGUUCCAGAUGCUGUAUAAGGAAUUCCGUUUUCAAACCAACAAAAUUCAGUGACAAAUAAAGCAAUUAUUGUGUGUGCUUUUUUUUUUUUAAUGCUGUGUGCUUGCAUGCUACCUUAAGCUGGGGAUAACUAGGAUGCUAUCGAAGCACAUCAGUCUGUCCCCACUUGCCUUUAAUGAGGGAAGCUCCAAGUCUGAAUUCAGUGGAAGUCAAACUGUGGACAAGGGGCAGGUAGGUAGCUGUGUAGGUCUGAGUCGAAACAAAAUAAAAAAAAUCCUUCAGUAGCACCUUAAAGACCAACACUGAAGUUAGAUACACUGUUAGAUACACUGAAACAGAA